UGGGUUAUUGAGUAUAAACAAUUUCAGAAGGUUAACUCCAGUCCUAUGUUCCAUUAAUAAAAUAAAAAACAAAAAAACAAAGCCACGAUUUUCUUUCGAACCAUUUUUUUGCAAUUACCGGGGAGCAAAAUUCGAUAAAUGGUCAUGUUUUAGGGCCGGCAAAAUUGAGUGGAAAAUAAAAGAGAAAGAGACGAGGAAAAGGUCAUGCCGUCGUCCAAAAGGGUAACCGGGCGAAACCAAUAAUCGGUCUUAUUUGUUAAUCCGCGACCCGUGAGACGUCGAGCGGUCGGAGAAAAAAUGAGCUUUCUCUCCGUCGGCCUCCCUUUGCCGAUUUUGGUCGGGGUCGCCUACGCGAUGGGCGUCAAGAACUUUUUGCUGGCGGCGAUCCCGAUCGUACUACUCUGGAAGUGGAGGCGAGUCUAUGUGAUUGUCAAGACUUUCCCGAGGGACGUGAGGUUCCUCUACAGGAUGCGGAGGCUUGUCUCGAAUACGAAGAGUUACGAAAAGGACAACAAGACCGUCGUCUCCGUCUUCCAAGAGAACGUACUCAAAAAUCCGGACAGGCCGAUUUACGUCCUAGGAGAUGAAGUAUGGACCUAUAAAGAUGUCGAUCAAUAUAGCAACAAAAUAGCUAACAUUUUUCAUAAAGCUGGGUUUGCCAAGAAAGACGUUGUUGCACUAAUGAUGCAAAAUAGCCCUGCAUAUGUGAGCAUUUGGCUUGGGCUGGCAAAAAUUGGUGUCAUAACAGCCCUUAUUAAUACAAACUUAAAAGGGCCCUCUUUAAAACACUGUGUCAACACUGCUUCCUGCAAGGCAAUAAUUUUUGCUGAUGAGUUUUUUGAAGUUGUCCUUGAGUCUUGUAACGACCUGAAGUUGUAUCAGUCUAACGGUAAUCCUACUUCGAGCAAAGUCAUCAACUUAGAGAAAUUGAUGGCAGAGACUUCUAACGAACUGUUAGAAAAAAAAGAUAUAAUGUACACGGAUAAAUUGCUUUACAUAUACACAUCUGGUACGACUGGCAUGCCUAAGGCUGCAAUUCUCCCUCAUUCUAGGUAUAUAUUAGGAACAAUGGCAACUAUGUGUCUGCUCAAUGCUGAACGAUCGGAUAUUAUCUAUAACCCUUUACCGUUAUACCAUACUGCCGGAGGAGCUUUAGGUGUAGGACCGGCUCUUUUAGAAGGGCUCACAACAGUGCUUAGAGUGAAGUUUUCUGCCUCUGCUUACAUCUCGGACUGUAUAAAAUAUAAGUGCACCAUUGGACAGUAUAUCGGUGAAAUGUGUCGCUAUAUGCUUGCUACCCCGCCCAAGCCAGAGGAUACAAUGCAUAACUUGAAAUUUAUGAUAGGAAACGGGUUGAGGCCUGCUAUCUGGUCUGCGUUUGUCGAACGUUUUAGAAUUCCUCAAAUUACUGAAGUUUAUGGAUCUACUGAAGGAAAUGUUAAUAUAGCUAAUAUAGAUAAUACAGUUGGUGCUGUUGGCUCUGUUCCACAAUUUUUGCCAAACUCUCUUAUUCCUGUUGCUAUAGUAAAAAUCGAUAUGGAGACUGAAGAGCCAAUAAGAGAUUGUGAUGGACUAUGCAAAAGAUGUGAUAAAGAUGAGACAGGAAUGUUUGUUGGACUGAUCAAAAAUAACGAUCCUUCAAGACAGUAUCAUGGUUAUGUUAACCAAGCAGAUUCAAAAAAGAAAGUUUGGAGGGAUGUUUUCUCUAAAGGCGAUUCUGUGUUUGUAUCUGGUGAUCUUAUGUUGAUGGAUGAAUUUGGCUACAUUUAUUUCAAAGAUCGUACUGGAGAUACUUAUAGGUGGAAAGGGGAGAACAUAGCCACCAGUGAAGUUGAAGCGGUUAUCAGUUCAGUUGCAGGACUGAGGGAUUGCUCAGUCUACGGUGUAAAGAUAGGAGACUUGGAAGGCAAGGCAGGAAUGGCUGCGGUCGUCGAUCCUAACAAUCUGCUUGACUUGCAAAUGUUUACCAACGGUGUGGACAACUCAUUGCCGAUAGCUGCAAGACCGAUUUUCCUUAGAGUCCUUCCAAGCAUGGAAAUGACAGGCACUUAUAAGAUGAAGAAGGUACUGCUCCAAAAGGAUGGUUUCGAUCCAGACAUCAUCAAGGACAAGUUGUAUUUCAGGCAAGGCCCAACUUUCGUCCCCCUUACAAAAACACUUUACACCUCAAUCAUCAAUGGUGACAUAAAAAUAUAAACGGGAAAUAUGUGCAAAUUAUUAUAUUUUUUAAUUUUUAAUCAAAGGAGGCAUAUUGUUACCUGCCCCAAAAAAUCAAUACAAGGGUAUUAUUCAAAUUUAAA